AUGUUGCCUGCAUAUCCUGGGAGAAUUUUGGUGGAAGAAACGCGACAGACAGUGUCAGCCAAGCGAAGGUUGCAGAACCGGGUUGCGCAACGGAAAUACCGAGAACGAAAGGCACACAAGAGAAAGGCCCCAGGAGGCAUAAUCCUUGACCUCCCCGCCGCCCCAUACAGCGAGAUAAUCCCUACACAACACUCUCCUAUACAACAAGGACACCAAGAAUUCGACUAUUGGCUGGACGACCUUCUAGUUGCUGAACGCAACCCACUUAUCGCAGCUCCACUUUCGAAAGCUUCCAGCGCCAAUACGGACAGUAUUGAAGGGCACCCGAUUACCCAGUCAAAUUCGUCCGAUUGGUACAACCCCACGGGUACGGGGUCGGAUAUGCUUUAUAUGUAUGCACACUCCGGCUUCUUGCCAUCGCCCAUCCCCCAUCCGAAUAAUCAAGCGUUUGGAGGAUUGGUGGGAAUGCAUCAUACCACAUCAUGGUCUCAAGAGAAGCAAUCACAUGGACAAGAACAGCACCCGACAUACCUUACUCCCCCUCCAAGCGAUGCUGGUAGAGCCAGUAGUCCACGAAUGACGGUAGAACCAUCAACAACAGCAGCCAACUCCUCCAAACAACACGAACAGGGUUUGCGACCACAGUUCGCUCAUGCUACAACGCCUUUACAGCACCUUCACGGCACUAUUAGUUGUGAAAGGGCAAUAGUUGAGGAUACUGAUAUCGAGUCACCCGAUCCUCUCUUGCAUGUCGCGAUCCGUUCACGUAGCCGGGAUGUGAUCCGCGUCUUGUUUCGCCAAGGCGCGGUUAUUGUUGACGAACGUGAUGGAAAGGGACGCACAGCACUACAUAUUGCAGCAGAACUAGGAGAUGAAGCUCUGGUAGGUCUGCUGCUAGGUCAAGGAGCAGAUGCACAGUUACAGGACCAUUCUGGGCGGCUAGCAGUCUACUUUGCUGUUGAAAAGGGUUACCAUGAGAUUGUUGAGUUAUUGUUAAAUACAUAGACCACGUCGAUAGGGU